AUUGUUUUCCAUCCACUGAAGAGGUGUUCUUCCUCUUUUUCAUUCAAAAAUUUUUAAUUUUAUUCAAAAAGUUCAUCAAAAUUAUCCAGUCUUGAAAUUUUUUUAAAAUAAUUUUGUGGAAAAAGUAAGAUAAUGAGCAAUUAUAAUACCUUUAAUUCAAAUGCAGAAGGUGGAGUUACUCCAGCAAUUAUUAAUACAAACGUGGAAACUGAAGCACUUCUUGGGGACACGGAGAGAGAUGUCAGUGUGACCAGGAAAAUGAACACAAAUCGGCAGGAAAAUCAAAAUCCGGUGUCGUGGCUGCAGAUUACAAUGAACUUUGCAAUUCAUGGGCUUCUCCUGAUCUUCACAAUCUACGUGAUCUACGUUAGUUUCUCCCAGGGAGCCUUCCUGUUCUCAUGGCAUCCAACUUUAAUGACAGUUGGAUAUGCGAUCUUCAUGACGGAGGCAAUACUCUCAUUCUCAGAGAAUAAUCUUCUGGCCAGAAAUCGAAAUUUCAAAUGGAGAGUAAAGUACCAUUGGAUCCUGCAGGCAAUUGGUGGUGCAUCCGUUGCAGCUGGCUUCAUUAUCAUCCUCACCAAUAAGUUUAUCAAUGAAAAAUCUCAUUUUCAAACAAAUCACGCCAUUGUGGGGCUCGUGACGAUCAUCGUGACUGCUCUUGUGGCUGCUGGUGGGAUUUGGACAAAGUAUAGCUACGAUUUGCGUGAGUACCUCCGACCAGUCUACGCUAAGCUCAUCCACGCUGCCCUGGGAGGAGCUGUGUACAUCCUAGCUGUGACUGCACUGAUCCUGGGCAUGAAUUCGGACUUCUUCGAGCGGUACAGCUUCUCAUCGGCAAAGUGGGUCGGUGGCUUUAUCCUCAUUCUCACCGGCGUGUACAUCCUCACUAAACCUCUGACCACCUGCAUUGCUCGCUUCAAGACUGCCUUCAUGCGUGCCAGCCUCUGAGGGAUGUUCCCAACAUUUUUCACAGCACUGUAGGGCGCGCUUGUUUGCUUAUUUGAAAUCUGUAGUGUGAUAUUGGCAGCAAUGCCGCACCUCUCUGCGCAAAGCAUUUCUUUACGUAGGAAAAUAAAAUUAUUUACGUGCACAGGUAAUUUUUUGUACAGAGGAACUUUAGGAAGAAAUUAAUAUUUUUUAAAUUAAUUUUUACGUUUUUCUGAUGCAAUAAAGAAAAAUAAAAUUUUUCUGUUUU